ACCUUCUCAAUCAGGAAGUAGAGAAAACAACUAGCGGGGAAUAAGUUGGAUAAAAUCCUGUAUUUCCGUCGAUUUGACGCGAGUCGAGGUUCGACAUCUUCUGGUGUGUUCAGGGUUCGGACUGGGACGAAGCAAAGCCAAGAAAAGGUCAUGGAGAGCAUUUGCCCGUGCUAGAAGUACAAUAUCAGACACAGCCAGCAGCACAGGGUUGGCAGUUUGGGCUGUAGCAUAUGUCAUCUACUGUAGUGUGGUCAUGUGUGACACUGUAGUCUGAUGCCCACCCUCCCCUCAGCGCUGGCCAUGGACGGGGAGAACUACCUGCAUCCAGAAGGCCCUCAGCUGGACAGCAACUUGUUCUCUGUAGCCUCCUCUAACAUGGAGAGUUCGCUAUUUGGCACCUCUGGAUCCUGGAGGUCCUUCUCUCAGCAGGCGGGAUACGGCGUUCACUGCCCUAUGCAAUCUGGAAACCAGCAAUACCACUUGAACAGCAGCAGCGCUACAACCGCCACUACGCCGGAUGUGCAGAUUGACAUGUACUCUGCAUUCUCCGACAUGGAUUUCUCCUGCCUCAAUCUCCCCAGGAAUGGUGACUUCUCCCAGGAUCUGUCCUGCAUCGAUGACCUCUCUACAAACUCCCUGUUCUCCUCUCCGCCCGAUUCAUUGUCAGAGUAUACUGAUGCCCAUUCCUUCAUCAGCACAGACAACCUGGACACAGUGCCCACACUCUGGGACGUCAGCACUAGUACCACUCAUGCCACCACCACACCAGCACAGAGCCAGCUGGAGCUGAAAGGCUCCGGCAGGUUUCAGGGCUUGGCCAGUUUGGAUGAUAUUACUGCUAUAAUCAGCACUCCACCUUUAGGAGGAUUCCAGGUUCAGACAACCCAGUCGCCACCGGAGGAGGAGGAGGAAGCAGAGGAUGAUGAUUCAGAGGAACUGGGCCAUGUCGACACGUAUGCAGAGUACAGACCUUCCAAAUCCACAAUAGGAAUUUCCCAUCCUGACAUAGUGGUGGAGACCAACACACUGUCCAGUGUCCCUCCUCCAGACAUCACAUACACUGUGUCAAUCCCAGAGAAUACCAUUAACAGUGGCCUGCUGUCCGCCCUACAGCUUGAAGCCAUCAUCUACGCCUGCCAGCAACACGAGGUCAUCCUUCAGAACAACCAGCGAGCAGGCUUCCUGAUUGGAGAUGGAGCCGGUGUUGGGAAAGGACGCACUGUUGCGGGAAUCAUCCUGGAAAACUACCUUAAGGGAAGGAAAAAAGCACUAUGGUUCAGCAUAUCCAAUGACCUGAAAUUUGAUGCAGAAAGAGAUCUCAAAGACAUAGAUGCACCGAAUAUUCCUGUGCAUGCCUUAAACAAAAUUAAAUAUGGAGACACAGCUACCUCAGAAGGAGUCCUCUUUGCAACGUACUCCGCGCUGAUUGGCGAGAGUCAGGCGGGAGGGCAGCACCGCACGAGGAUUAAACAGAUCCUGGAUUGGUGCAAGCCUGAUUUUGAUGGAGUUAUUAUUUUUGAUGAAUGCCACAAAGCCAAGAAUGCCACAUCAACAAAGAUGGGGAAGGCAGUGCUUGAUCUGCAAAACAAGCUGCCACGGGCCAGAGUAGUGUAUGCCAGUGCCACAGGUGCCUCUGAGCCAAAGAACAUGAUCUACAUGAGCCGCCUGGGUAUCUGGGGUGAGGGUACGCCCUUCAGGACCUUUGAUGACUUCCUGCAUACUAUUGAGAAGAGAGGCGUGGGUGCCAUGGAGAUUGUUGCCAUGGAUAUGAAAGUGAGCGGGAUGUACAUAGCCAGGCAGUUGAGCUUCUCAGGGGUGUCUUUCCGCAUUGAAGAGAUCGGACUGGACAGCGAUUUCAAGCUGGUCUACAAUAAAGCUGCCAAACUGUGGGCAGAGGCGCUUCAAGUCUUCAUGCGUGCCGCCGACGAGCUGGGCCUGGUCAGCAGGAAGUCUCUGUGGGGGCAGUUCUGGUCGUCUCACCAGCGCUUUUUCAAAUACCUCUGUAUCGCUGCCAAGGUCCGCUGCCUGGUAGAGUUGGCCAAGAAAGAGCUGGAGGCAGGAAAGUGCAUCGUUAUUGGCUUGCAGUCCACUGGAGAGUCACGUACCCGAGAAGUCCUGGAUGAGAAUGAUGGGCAUCUUGACAGAUUUGUCUCUGCUGCAGAGGGAGUGUUCCACUCCCUUGUGAUGAAACAUUUCCCUUCUGAGAAACAGCGACGAGAGAAAGCACCCGGGAAUAAGAGAAAACGUAAGCCUCGCGGUCGGCAGCCCAAGGUCCCCAAGCACACGGUGGAUAGUGGCGGUGUCAUCAACAUCAGCGACGACAGCAGUAGCGACUCUGACGGCAUGGACACAGAUUCCAACUCCUCGCCGGACUCGCUGCUGGACAAUGAUGAUGUCAUCUUUGUCAACCACACGAGCUGCCAGACUGUCAGGAUAGAGGAGAUGAAGCAGGGUCUCCUCAACAAGAUAUCACAGCUGGGAAAAGAACUACCUCUCAAUACCCUGGACGAGCUCAUUGAUAAGUUUGGAGGGCCGGACAAAGUCUCAGAGAUGACUGGUCGCAAGGGCCGCGUGGUGCGGCGUCCUGAUGGCAGCGUCCGCUACGAGUCACGUGCCGAGCAGGGUCUCACCAUUGAUCACAUCAACGUCAAGGAGAAGGAUCGCUUCAUGGGGGCAGAGAAGCUGGUGGCCAUCAUCUCCGAGGCAGCCAGCUCUGGAAUUUCCCUGCAGGCGGACAAGCGAGUGAGGAAUCAGAGGCGCCGUGUCCACAUGACCUUGGAGCUGCCCUGGAGCGCCGACAGGGCCAUUCAGCAGUUUGGCCGUACUCAUCGGUCCAAUCAAGUGACUGCUCCAGAGUACAUCUUCCUGAUCUCGGAGCUAGCUGGGGAGAGACGUUUCGCCUCCAUAGUUGCAAAGAGGCUAGAGAGCCUGGGUGCGUUAACGCAUGGAGACAGAAGAGCCACAGAGUCUAGAGACCUGAGCAAGUACAAUUUUGAGAACAAGUAUGGUACCAAGGCUCUGGAUAAAAUCACCAAAGCAAUCCUCGGCCACAUACAGAAUAAGGUGCCUGUACCCAAAGGUUAUCCCGGAGGCGACGCCAUGUUUUUCAGAGAUAUGAAACAUGGAAUGAUGGAUGUGGGCAUCUUCUGUAGGGAGUCACGCUUUGGGAUUAGUACAGAGAAAGACUGUAGCAUCACCAAGUUCCUAAAUCGCAUCCUGGGCCUGGAGGUCCACAAGCAGAACCAUCUCUUCCAGUACUUCACCGACAAUUUUGACUACCUAAUCGAGAAAGACAAGAAGGAGGGCAAAUAUGACAUGGGCAUCUUAGAUCUGGCUCCAGGUAAUGAUGAGAUUUAUGAGGAAAAGCAGGAAACCUUUUUGACAGUCGGAAACCCUCAGGAUGGACAGGUGGUUCUUUACAAGAUCAGUGUGGACAGAGGUAUGCCUUGGGAUGAAGCCUACAACAGGUUUCUGAAUCUCACCGGUGCUGAUGAGGGCUUUUAUUUGUCCCACAAGCUCCGAGGGAACCAACCGUGUGUGCUGCUAGCCGAGCAAGGGAGAGGCAAGAACUUCAUCGUAUACAAGCCCAACAUCGGCAAGCAGACUCACCCAGAGAGCCUUGAUAACCUCCAACAACGCUAUCGAAAGACGACUCCGGAGGAGGCUAAGGACAACUGGGAGAGCCAGUUCAGCUUCUCCUUGAAGAAGUGUAGCCAUGCCAACUGGAAUGGCAAGUGUAAGAAAACCGAAGAGGGCCAGGAGUGUUUCCAGGGCAUGCGCCUCCGCCAGUACCACAUGUUGUGCGGUGCUCUGCUGCGUGUGUGGAAGCGGGUGUCCGAUGUGGUGUCAGACAUCACCAGCUCUAGUAUACUACAGAUCGUUCGCCUCAAAACAAAGCAGCACAACAAGCAAGUCGGCAUCAAGAUCCCAGAGAUCUGCGUGGCCCGAGUGCGCGAGGAGCUUUUACUAAUGGACGAGGAGGUGAAAAGGCGGCGCAAGGAGAGGGAGAAGCAAGCUUUGGAGCAGCGUCUGGCUGAAGAGCGUAUGCGUAAAAUGGAGCAAGAGAACAAGCACCUCCUGGCUAAUCUGUUCAGCCAGAAACCGGUUGCCAACCAGUCUCUGGCCCAGUCACUCCUCCAGAGCCAGAUCCUCAAACAGAAACUGAACCCGCUACAAAAGGCACAGAUGGCAGGCAUCUCCCAGCUACAGAGGAUGCAGGCCGCCCACAGCCAGGCCGCCUUGCAGCAGCCCCUGCAGAGUCAAGGCCUGUUGUCUUUACAGAGAAACCCCUCUCAAAGUCAGCAACUGACCUCUAACAGCUGGCCCAGCAAGUCCUCCAAGCAGGCUCUUGUACGCAACGCGGUCAGCCACAGCUCCAAUUUCUCCCAAUAUUACCCCCAGCCCUUCUUAUCUUCGUUCCCCCAGCUGAAGAACCCGCCUGUCCCCAUCCAUCAAACCACACUCUCCACCAGUUUGUCUUCUCAAAAACCCCAGGAAGAAAUUCUGGACCUGACUGUGAGCUCGCCGUCCCCGUCGCCGGACAGCACCGAGGGUGGGCUGGGCCUGGAUAACCUUACGGGACCAUCUGGAGCGUUCGUGGAUGACUUCGGCCUGGAGUCGCUCAUCUCGCAGAAUGCCCAACAGCAGCAGCUUCCACCGCCACCGCCCUUGGUUCUGCAGCAGCCGCAGAACCACGGCCUGCUAGGCAACAACCACCAGGACUUAUUAGACCUCUUUGACCUGCCCAUCUCCCCGCAGAUGCCCACGCAGAAAGCCAGCCCAUCAUCCUCGGCCUCCUCCAGCUCCUCCUCCAUGUCCUCCACCUCCUCUCACGUUUCCCCCCUCGUACAAACCUCCCCACUCUUUUCCAACCCGGCCCCUUCCUCCUCCUCUCUGUUUGCAAACACUUCUUCCCACUUCUCUGCCAACUAUCUCCUCCCCCCAUCGGACUCUCUCUCCCUGCCCAACGGCCACUGCAGCUCUGGUGCUCUUGACGUGCGCGAGGCUCUGAACAGCAUGCUGCAGGCAGGGCCGGACCGCAAGUCCGUCAUUCACUACCGGCAGCAAGACUGAGGAUCUAAACCACAGCGGCUUAUUCUCACUCUUGUAACGGCUUUUAAAGCAGAUUUUAACACGUGUCAUUUAACUGCUGUCUCCCAUCCAAAGCCGACCCCUCUAUAGCCCUCAACCCCUCGCAUCCUCAUAGUCACAUCACUGCCUGUCCUGCUCACAGUCUUCUCUCUCCACCUGUAGCGAUCGCCUCCUCCUGGUUGCUAUGGUGACGACGAACGUCUGCGCCAAAGUGUGUCCUCCGCAGCUCAUGGCAGCUGUAAACUUUUAUCAAACUCACAUGAACAAAAAACUUGUUCAUCCUCGCGUAGAGUCCUUUAACAGACCCCCUCCUCCACUUCCCUCCUUUGACGAGGUAUUGGACAUUGCUGGAAGCUUUUGUAAAACUUGACAUGUCUUUGCUUGACUCAAGACGCAAAGGUGGUGACGAACUGGAAUAGAAGAGGAAGAAACUUUGGCUGACAAACCUUAAAAUGCCUCCCUUCCCCGACACGCUCCCUCUUGUUUGUGUCCACCGCCCCUCAUGGUAGAUGAAAUGGGGAGCAGCAGUCUGCAAACAGUGCCUUUGGAGAAAUCUAUAAAUGCAGUCUUUUAAGAAAAAAAAUCCAUGUAGCCUAAUGUAUAGAUUUGUAUUUUAAUUUAAAUAUAUUUGUAUUUAAC